ACAAAGGUGUAGCAAUUGUGUAAAAUGUUUAGCUUAUUUAAAAAGGUGUAACAAAUGUGUAAAUAGUGUAACAAUUGUGUGUUAAAUUAUAACAUAGGUGUAUCAAUCGUGUAACAAUUAAAAAAGGGGAAAAAAAGGUCUAACAAUUGUGUAUUAAAUUUAAACAAAGGUUUAACAAUCUUGUUAAAAGUGUAACAAUUGUGUGACAAAAGUGUAGCACUUAUGUAACACGCGUGCUAAGUUAUAACAAAGGUGUAUCCAUUUUUUUUUCAUUACAAAAAAGGUGUAACAAUUUGGAUGGAUGUGUAACAAUUGUGUAAGAAGGGUGUAACAAUUGUAUAAAAACUGUGUAACAUCCACCCAUCAAUUUUCUACCGCUUAAUUGUGUAAAAAAGUGUAACAAUCAUGUAAGAGUUGCAUAAGACAGUGUAAAAAAGGUGUAACAAUUGUGUAAAAAAGUGUAACAAUCAUGCAAGAGUUGCAUAAGACAGUGUAAAAAAGGUGUAACAAUUGUGUAAAAAAGUGUAACAAUCAUGUAAGAGUUGCAUAAGACAGUGUAAAAAAGGUGUAACAAUUGUGUAAAAAAGUGUAACAAUCAUGCAAGAGUUGCAUAAGACAGUGUAAAAAGGGUGUAACAAUUGUGUAAAAAAGUGUAACAAUUAUGUAAGGGAUGCGUAAAAAGUGCAAAAAAAUAUGUAACCAUCGUGUAAGAGUUGCUUAAAAAAGUGUAACAGUUGUGUAAAAAAAAAGAAGUGUAACAAUUGUGUAAGAGUUCAAAGGUUCAAAAAAAGUGUACAAAAUGUGUAACAAUUGUGUAAGAGUUGUGGGGAAAAAGGUGUAACAAUCGUGUAAGAAAGUGUAAAAAAAAAGGUGUAACAAUUGUGUAAAAAAGGUGUAACAAAUGUGUAAAAAAGGUGUAACAAUUGUAUUUGAAAAAAAGGUGUAACAAUUGUGUAAAAAAGGUGUAACAAAUGUGUAAAAAAGGUGUAACAAUUGUAUUUAAAAAAAAGGUGUAACAAUGGUGUGUUUCCCCCAGCUUGCCAUGGAGGAGUCGAGCUCUCACAAGGUGGUCUGGGAGGGCGACACCAAGGCGGUCCAACAAUGUCUGACAGACAUCUUCACCAGCGUCUACACCACCUGUGACGUACCUGAGAGCGCCAUCUUUGGGCCGUGCGUGCUCAGUCACACCUCCAUGUACGACAGCAUCGCCUUCGUCGCACUCAAGGCCACCGACAAACGCACCGCCCCCUACAUCUUCCGCGUGGACACGUCAGCUGCUAGCAGCACCUCAGAAGGUCUCAUGUGGCUCCGGCUGGUCCAGUCGGCGCGGGACAAGGAGGAGCAGAACCUGGAAGCGUACGUGAAGAACGGGCAACUCUUCUACCGCUCGCUGCGUCGCAUCGAGAAGGACGAGGAGCUGCUGGUCUGGUACGGCAAGGACUUGGUAGAACUGCUGCUGCUCAGCUCUAGCAGGGCGCCUGCUAAAAGCAAAGAAGGUUCCACCCACAACUCGUGUCCGGACUGCAGCCAGCGGUUCCAGUUUGAGUUCCCCUUCCUGGCCCACCUGCGGUUCCGCUGUACCAAAAGACUACAGAACCUGACGGGGGCGGACGAGGAGCCCGGCAAGGAGGGCCGCCCCGACCGACCCAACGUGACGCCCACCAGGACCAGCCCAAAGCUGGGCCGCUCCGAGGGCUUCGGGAGUCCUCAGGACGCCAACAAACCUUCCACUGACUUUCACAACCUUGCUCGGGAUCUGGAGAACAACCGGACCAGUCCGCUCAGAGACAAGGAGGCCGAGGUCAGCAGCGAGAGUUCUGGGAAGAGAAAGUUCUCCGAGAUUGAGGACAGGGAGUCUCGGCGGCCCGUGGUGUCCCAGUCUAAGUCUAAAGAAGAACUGGCCACGUCGGCUCAGAACUACAGAGGCGUGUACGGCCUGGAGGAGAACCACAGGUCGCUUUCCUCGUCGGGGUCUUCAGAAAACUCAGAGACCAAACGCAGCGCCUUCACCGAGGUCAAGAAGUCCGCCCAGACCCUCAAGAACCACGGCUCCAGCAAGAGCCUUUCCGGCGCUAACUCUGAAAACAAAGAUGGCGGGCGGCCCGGCAGCAACCCCUCAGAGAAGCACCUGAGCAUCCGGCAGGUUCUGUCGGAGACCCAGCCGCCCCAGACGCAGCCCAUGGGGAGCGCCUUCACCUCAGUGAGCCAGCAGGGCGGCGGCGAGAGGAAGAGCGCCUUCAGCCAACCUUCCCGGUCCUCCUUCUCCCAGAUCUCCCCGCUGGUGAUGCCCCCCAAGCUGCUGGACUGCCACCCGGCGGUGGGCGACACUAUCUCGUCCAGCCGCCUCUACCAGGCCGACCACCUCGCCGCCAAGCUGCAGGGCGCCGAGCUGGGCGCCAACUGCCCAGUGCCGGGCGGAAUGGCCAAGCAGAGCCCCUUCGUGUACGCCGCCGCCGCCACCACCUUCUGGCCCAAGAACUCGGGCACCAUCCAGCUCCAGAUGCCCUCUGCCCUCACCCUGCUGCCGCCCUCCUUCACCUCGCUCUGCCUGCCGGCGCAGAACUGGUGUGCCAAGUGCAACGCCUCCUUCCGCAUGACCUCGGACUUGGUCUACCACAUGCGCUCGCACCACAAGAAGGAGUACGCCAUGGAGCCGCUGGUCAAGCGGCGGCGCGAGGAGAAACUCAAAUGUCCAAUCUGCAACGAGUCCUUCCGGGAGCGCCAUCACCUGUCCCGUCACAUGACCUCCCACAACUGACUGAGGCCACGCCCCCUGCACCCCCUUUGCACUGGUUCUCCACCCCUCCCACCUUUUCUUCUGUAUGAAAAUGCAUCGGGCCUCUGGAGUGACUCCGAAAUCAGUCUGGAAUGAGUUUUAUUUGAAUCGGGAACACAACUGGAAUGAAUGUGGAAUGAGUCUGGAAUGAGUUUAGAAUUAAUCUGGGAUGAGUCUGAAUUAAAUCUGAAAUGAGUCUGAAAUUAGUUUAGAAUCAAUCUGGAAUGAGUCUGAAUUGAAUCUGAAAUUAAUCUGGAAUGAGUCUGGAAUGAGUUUACAAACAAUCUGGAAUGAGUCUGAAUUUAAUCUAAAAGGAAUCAGGAAUGAGUCUGAAUUUAAUCUGAAAUGAAUCUGGAAUGAGUGUAAAAUGAAUCUGGAAUGAGUCUGAAUUAAUCGUAAAUGAAUCUGGAAUGAGUCUGAAUUAAUCGUAAAUGAAUCAGGAAUGAGUCUGAAUUAAUCGUAAAUGAAUCAGGAUUGAGUCUGAAAUUAGUGUAAUGAGUGUAGGAUCAAUCUGGAAUGGGUCUGAAAUUAGUUCAUAAUGAGUUUGAUUGAAAUCGGGAAUUGAUCUGGAAUGGGUCUGAAAUUAGUUCAUAAUGAGUUUGAUUGAAAUCGAGAAUUGAUCUGGAAUGAAUUUGAAAAGAGUCUGAAAUGAGUAAAACAAGUCUAGAAGGAAUCUGAAAGAGUCUCAAAAGAAACUGAAAUGAGUUUAAAGUGAGUCUGAAAUGAUUCUCCAAGGAAUCUGAAAUUAGUCUCAAACGAGUGAAAGGAAUAAAAUUAGUCUGGGAUUAAUCUGUAAUAAAUCUGACAUUAAUCCACAAUGAGUUUGAUUUGAAUCGGGUAUAGAUCUUGAAUGAAUUCGGAAUUAGUCCGAAAUAAAUUUGAAGAGUCUGAAAUGAGUAAAACGAGUCUAGAACAAAACUGGAAAGCGUCUCAAAUGAAACUGAAAUUAGUCUGAAAACAGUGAAUUAAGUCUCGAAUAAAUCUGGAAUGAGUCUAAAAUGAGUGUAGAAUAAUUCUGGAAUGAGUCUGAAAUUAGUUCAUAAUGAGUUUAAUUUGAAUCGGAAAUAGAUCUGGAUUCAAUCUGGAAAGAGUCUUGAAUUAGAACAGAGUGGUCUUGAUUUGAAUUAGGAAUAAACCUGGAAUGAGUAUGAAAUGAGUGUGGAAUGAGUUCAUAAUGAGUUCAAUUUGAAUCGGAAAUGUAUCUGGAUUAAAUCUGGAAUGAGUCUGAAAUUAAACCAUAAUGAAAUCGAUUUGAAUUGGAACAGAUCUGGAAUGAAUCUGGAAAAGCCUGAAAUGAGUCUAGAAUGAAUAUGGAAUGGGUGUAAAAUGAGUCCAUAAUGAGUUUGACUUGAAUCGGGAAUAGAUCAGAAAAGUAUCUGGAAUGAGUCUGAAAUGAGUAUAGAAUACAUCUGGAAAAAAAGAUGAAUUCAGUCCAUAUUGAGUUUGAUUUGAAUCAGGAAUAGAUUUGGAAUGAAUCUGAAAUGAUUAAAAUGUGUUUGAUAUGACUCUGGAAGAGACCUGGGAUGAAUCUGGAACGAGUCAGAAGUUAGUUCAGAAUGAGUUCGAUUUGAAUCGGAAGUAGAUCUGGAUUAAAUCUGGAAUGACUCUGAAAUGAACCAUAAUGAAUUUUAUUUGAAUUGGGAACAGAUCUGGAAUGAAUCUGGAAAAAAUCUGAAUUCAGUCCAUAUCGAGUUUGAUUUGAAUCGGAACUAGAUUUGUAAUAAAUCUGAAAUGAGUGAAAUGUGUUUGAUAUGACUCUGCAAUAAACUUGGAAUGAAUCUGGAACAAGUCUGAAAUGAGUCUAGAAUGAAUGUGGAAUGAAUCUGAAAUGAGUGAAAUGUGUUUGAUUGUGACUCUGGAAUGAGUCUGAAGUUAGUUGAUCAUGAAUUGGAUUUGAAUCAGGACUAGAUGUGGAAUGACUGAGACAUGUUUGAUAUGAAUGUGGUGUGGAAUGAACGGUGAAGGUUUUGAAUAUGAAUCAGAUCUAUUUAUGAAGCACUUGGUGUAAAUGUACAGUAAGUUGUAUUUAAUAUGAGGAGGUGCAUGUUCCAAUAAUAAAUAUUUGUCUUGUGUGAGGAAUAUUUCAGUGAAGAAAAGUUUACAAUCUUGUUCAACCACAA